AAUCCUUCACUCUUCUUGACUGCCCUUUAGGGAAUAGUCUCUGCAACUCCAAAACUUGAUCAAAGCUUAAAUGCACAAUGGUACCAGUGGAAGGCAAUGCACAGAUUAUAUGCCAUGAAUGAAGAAGGAUGGAGGAGAGCAGUGUGGGAGAAGAAUAUGAAAAUGACUGAACUGCAUAAUCGGGAAUAUAGCCAAGGGAAACAUGGCUUCACAAUGGCAAUGAAUGCCUUUGGUUACAUGACCAAUGAAGAAUUCAGGCAGGUGAUGAAUGGCUUUCAAAACCAGAAGCACAAGAAAGGGAAAGUGUUCCAAGAACCUCUCUUUGCUGAGAUCCUCAAAUCUGUGGACUGGAGAGAGAAAGGCUACGUAACUCCUGUGAAGAAUCAAGGUCAAUGUGGUUCUUGUUGGGCUUUUAGUGCAACUGGUGCCCUCAAAGGACAGAUGUUCCAGAAAACAGGCAAAUUUAAUAAUAAUAAAAAAAAAAAACUUGUGCCACUGAGUGAGCAGAACCUGGUGGACUGCUCUCAGGCUCAAGGCAACAAGGGCUGCAAUGGUGGCCUCAUGGAUAACGCCUUCCAGUAUGUUAAGGACAACGGAGGCCUGGACUCAGAGGAAUGUUAUCCGUAUCUUGGAAGGGACACAGAUACCUGUAACUACAAGCCUGAGUGUUCUGCUGCCAAUGACACUGGCUUCAUGGACAUCCCUCAACGGGAGAAGGCCCUAAUGAAGGCAGUGGCAACUCUAGGGCCCAUCUCCGUUGUUAUUGAUGCACGCCAUCAGUCUUUCCAGUUCUAUAAAUCAGGCAUUUAUUUUGAUUCAGACUGCAGCAGCAAAUAUCUAGAUCAUGGUGUUAUGGUGGUUGGCUAUGGCUUUGAAGGAACAGAUUCAAAUAAUAAAUUUUGGAUUGUCAAGAACAGUUGGGGUCCAGAAUGGGGCUGGAAUGGCUACAUAAAAAUGGCCAAAGGCCAGAACAACCACUGUGGAAUUGCCACAGCAGCCAGCUAUCCCACUGCGUGA